AUGGAGCGUUGUAGAUGCAUUUUGCUACAGAGAGAUCCUAUUUUCGGCGGCACCGGACUGACUAAGAUUGAAAAUUUGACUUGCAUAGUGCACUACAGUGCCACACAUGGGGUGUUCUUUUUAAUGAUCCAAAGGUACCACUUCAUUCGCCUCAGCAGUUCGUGUAUAUUUGCCAUCGUUUGCUGUUUGAAAGUAGGGUGCCACUUCCCUCCUCCUCCAUCUUCACCAGUUCCUUCACCAGUUCCCGCACAGGGUGAUAACGGAGUCUGCAGAACGAACCUGACGAAUUUCUCUGUCUUGAGAUCACAGAUUAUUGACGGUAGGACCAUGGCUUCGAAAUCUGCACAUGGUUUAGUAGGUUUCCUGGUUGCGUUGCUGUUUCUGCAGGUUGCUGUUGAAAGCAAAUUGGUUGCAGACAGACAUGGUCGUGAGAUCACCGAGUCCAACGUCGCCGAAGAGUUGUACGAAGUGCAGCCCUAUGAGUACAUUCCGCCAGCAGGCGAGGAGGAUCCAACAUCGGUUCCCAAGGGCAAUAAUCGUCACAUAGCUCGCAUUCUACUCAGCUAUUCUAACCGUCUAUACUGUGAGAAAUCGAAAGACUGCAACAAUCUCGGGUUUGUUUCGCCUAAGUGCUGUGGAAAUCAUUGUCAGGAUGUUUCUAGCAACAAUAGGCACUGCGGCGGCUGCUGGGGGUCCAAGGCUGUGUGCGACACCAAAAAUGGAUACAAAUGUAAGAAUGGCAAGUGCUGCAGGGAUCCACCCGCCCCUGUGUGCUCCAGCAGGAUUAAAUGCACUGGCAAGGAUACAUUAUGCUGCGACAGCAAGUGCGUCAAUAAGCUGACCAACGACAAGCAUUGUGGGAAGUGUUACAAUCAGUGCAAUCGGUGGACCACUUGUUGCAAUGGUUCGUGCAAGAACCUUAGGUGGGAUCACAGUAACUGUGGCGCCUGUGGUAAGUGUUGUGGUAAGAACGGUGGUUGCUGCUGGGGCCAGUGCAAGGAUUUUAAGACUGAUUCUAGAAACUGCGGAGAGUGUGGUAAUAAGUGCAAAUGGGGAAGAACUUGCUGCGACGGUAAGUGCGUCAACCUUAAUACAAACCGCAAACAUUGCGGCAAGUGUAACAGGCAGUGUAAGAAAGAUUGCAAGUAUGGGUUGUGCGGUUACGGCCAUUAGAUGUUGGUUCCCGAUAUCCCUUCUUGAAAACCACCCCAUGUAACUAAUCACUGUAGCAGCAGAUUUCGGAUUUGAUGAUGUCCAUUUUUUCCGAUCUUGCAAUAACAUGGGGCCGCCGAUUGAGCUUCUUUAUCUAUUUAAUAGAUGAUCAAUGACACGUUUUUAUGACGUAAAUGUUUAGUUUA